CGUCACAAUCAUAUGUUCUAAAAUGUCAGACUUAGUGGGGUUAUACAAUUCAAUAAAUUUAAUUGAAAUUUGUUUCUUCAGCUAAAUAUAUGUGCAAGACAGUUUAAAAAGGUUUAGUUAAGCUAAUAUACUAUAAUGGCUUUAUGCAAAUUGAACACGUUUAUGAAUGUUCUAAGAAACAAUCGUCAAUACCCAACAGUGUGUAAAAUUGUGACCAACACAAACAAUAAUAAAUAUUUAUUUCCAAUUGUUUGUCCACAACGCUGGCUGUUUCAUGAAAGUCACAGGAAAGGCGGUUACAACACAGAAAAGAAGGUGUCAAAUAUUGAACAUAUGAAAAAUGGUUUCAAAAUGUUGAAGGAAGAAUUACAAUUAUUUAAGCAAGAAGUUAAAGAUUUAAUUGAAACUGAUCCUCUUCUAAUAGCUAGACCAGGUGAAACGGACCUCGUGUGGUGUUUCAAUGAAGCAAGCACAUUGGAAAAGUUCGUGACGACAAGCGAUAGUGACCACAAUGAGGGGUUCAGUAAGUGUAGCCUGGAGAUGAGCGAAGCCGGCAGAGCUCGUUUCCAUGGUUACCUCGAUGUACGGGUGCCGAAGGACGGACGUAUAAAGAAAGCUGGUUACUGCGCUAUGAGAUCUAAACGAAUUCGAAAAUCAUUCAAACGGCCAGCGACAUUCGAUUGGCACCUCUACAAUACUCUUGUCCUCAAAAUAAGAGGUGAUGGGCGAUCAUAUUUGCUGAAUGUAUCCUGCGAGGGCUACUACGACAUCACGUGGAACGAUAUCUACCAUUAUGUACUUUAUACUAGGGGUGGACCAUACUGGCAAAUUGCUAAGAUCCCAUUUUCGAAGUUCGUAUUAGGAUCAAAAGGUCGAUUACAGGACAAGCAAACACGAAUGCGCUUCGAUAGAGUAACGCACUUUGGUAUAUCCUGCGGCGAUAAAAUACCUGGGAAUUUCGAUUUGGAAAUCGAAUACGUUGGUCUUGAAUUCGACCCUACUCAUGACGAAGAAUUUGCUUAUGAGAUGUAUAAAACAGGCAAAUAUAUUGUUGGCGUUUAAAUAAUUUUAUGGAAGUUUAGUGUGUAAAUAAAGAAAUUGUUAUUUAUGCGUU